AUGUUCAAAAUGGCGAGACAAGCCGGCAGGAGAGAACAGCAGACAAACACGAGGCCGAAGAGCAACCAACUACAGUACAGUACAGUUAAAUCCUCCAGUCAGUAGUCAUGUUACCAAGGAUUUGCAUUGGCUACCAUCUGGUCAACGAAUGCAGCGGGACUAUCAUUAUCUUGCAUAGACCUCUUUGUCUCCUCAUUAGAGACAUUUAAUAGUUAAGCGAUAUUUAUCUAAGGGUCAUGUUGGUAUGGACGCUUCAACUUUGCAAACAUGCAUAUGAUAAGGACAUUAGACAAAUGAUCUUUCAAACUGGAGAUUUAGUGCUACACUACACUCCACCGCUGAAACCAGGUGAAGCAAACUAAUUCCAUUCACAGUGGGAGAGACCAUUUGAAAUAAAGGAGCAGGUCAUGGACAUCACGUAUCCUGUAAAGUCAGGGCACAUUCCAGGCGAUCUCAAGUAGUUCAUUUGAACAACCUACAGGCGUACCAGGGAAGGCAGGAAGAAAGCACGUGGGAACCGAGCUGCUGGGGGAGUCAGUGAAUGCUCCUCAUGGUGAGGGUAAGGACCAGCAAUCGGUACAACCAGGGUUGAGUAAGGUGGAGUCAAUGGAGUCUGGUAUGGUCAUAAGCAGAGCAAAAAAAAAAUGUCGACGUUGGGGCCAAUGAUGAUCUUCCCAGUGAGGUUGUGAACAAGCCAGGCAAGCAUGAGUAUCGGUCCUGCUUUGUUGAUAUGGUUCAAGUCGGAGAAUUCGUACACCAUGGUGAAUGUGAUCAGAGAGUAGAUAUAUCGGAUACGGAGGGAGGUGGACUCGCAGAAGACGUUCAAAACAGUGAGACAAGUGUGCAGGAGAUAACAGAAGAUGAACACGAGGAAGAAGUUAAACAGCCAAUCUGCGAGAGCCAAAGUAGUGUCCACUCUUCCAGGGGACAUACACCUUUUGACUUUGUGUUGGGAAGAGAGAUACGAAUAUUUCUCGAUGUGAUGAUGGGACUGAAGUGA